GCUUGUGAAUCAGCCGGGUUGGGUUGGAUGAAGUGUGGGAGGAGGAAUUGUAACAGAGAUGGAACCUUACGAUGUUAUAGUCAACCAGCCAGUUGUCAUUGAUAAUGGCUCUGGAGUCAUCAAAGCAGGAUUUGCAGGGGAUCACAUUCCAAAAUGUCGGUUUCCAAACUAUAUUGGACGUCCAAAGCAUAUUCGCGUUAUGGCUGGAGCACUUGAAGCUGACUUGUUUGUAGGACCUAAAGCUGAAGAGCACAGGGGAUUGUUAAGCAUAAGGUAUCCGAUGGAACAUGGAAUUGUUUCUGACUGGAAUGAUAUGGAAAGGAUUUGGCAAUAUAUCUACAGUAAAGAUCAGCUUAAUACAUUUGCUGAAGAGCAUCCCGUGCUGUUAACGGAGGCACCACUAAAUCCUAGGCGUAACAGAGAGAAGGCAGCAGAAAUAUUUUUUGAAACAUUUAAUGUUCCAGCAUUAUUUGUUUCAAUGCAGGCUGUGCUUAGUUUGUAUGCAACAGGACGCACAACAGGUGUUGUUUUGGAUGCAGGAGAUGGCGUUACUCAUGCAGUACCUAUAUAUGAGGGAUUUGCCAUGCCUCAUAGCAUAAUGAGGGUAGAUAUAGCUGGAAGAGAUGUAACUAGGUACCUGAGGUUACUGUUGCGGAGAGAAGGUGUUAAUUUUUAUACAACUGCUGAAUUUGAAAUAGUGAGAACAAUUAAAGAAAAGGCAUGUUAUCUUGCAAAUAAUCCUCAGAAGGAAGAAACUGUUGAAACUGAAAAGUACCAGUAUGUUCUGCCAGAUGGCAGCACUCUUGAAAUCGGUCCAGCAAGAUUUAGAGCACCAGAGGUUUUGUUCAGACCAGAUCUGAUUGGAGAAGAAUAUGAAGGACUCCAUGAGGUUCUCCUGUACUCAAUUCAGAAAUCUGAUCUAGAUUUACGUAAAGUACUCUUUCAGAAUAUCAUUUUGUCAGGCGGCUCAACAUUGUUUAAGGGAUUUGGAGACAGACUGUUAUCAGAAAUACGAAAAUUGGCACCAAAAGACAUAAAAAUUCGGAUAUCGGCACCACAAGAACGUUUGUACACAACAUGGAUUGGUGGUUCAAUUCUUGCCUCUCUUGACACUUUCAAGAAAAUGUGGGUAUCAAAAAGAGAGUAUGACGAAGAAGGUCACAGAGCAAUCCAUAGAAAGACUUUCUGAAGAGACCACUGCUGUUGGAAUUAUAAUAUACCAAUAUUGCGUAGGCUGGUACAGAGCAAUUAUGUUACCAGCCUUGAGAAAAUGUUGGACCACAAAACAGUACAUGUCUGUUUAAGUGAUUAACUUGUUUGGUUGUAAUGUGGUAAAUGCAUUAAACUUUGCUUUAUAUUACAGUAAGAUGAUUUAAGAACUAUACUGCUGUAUUUUACAAGCCACUGUAGCUAUCAUGUGAUAACAUUCAGAUGUAUAAUUUAUUGCUAAAGUCUGUCUGAGCUUUAUUAUACAAAUGUGCAAGGUAUUGAAUUCUUAGUGUCUUUUUUUUAAAAAAAAAAAAACAAAAAAGAAAAGAAAGAAAGAGUAAUGAAGAAAUACACAGGUUUGCUGACUCUUGUUGAUAUACAGAGUGUCAGUUUCUGGAUGUUGAGUUUCAAACAAAAUUGUUUUAACGGGAAACUUAAUGUGAGUAUCACUGUCACAAAUAUGUUAAGUUUCAAUAAUGUAACUCAAAUUCGAUCUCAUCCUUUACACAGAAAAGGCUAAAGUGACGAAUGUGCAUAUUUAAUUUCAUUUGAAGCAAUAGAAUAUAUGUCACUAGGCAAUAGCAGGUCUUUAUUGCAUAAUUAUUUAUUGUUGUAUUGUUAUAUUAUGAAAUUUUAAUGGUUGUAAUCUCACGGAAAGUUGAGAGAGAGGCUAUUAUAUUGAUGUGUACAUUAUUUAUUUGUAAUUUCCUCUUGAAUAAUUUAAAAUUAUGUUGCAACAGUAUCGGCAGCUAACUUACGGAAUUAUGGUGGAAUGCACUCAAACUGCUAGUGUGUGUAAUGUGUAUAUGUGAAGAGCAUUUGAGUUGUAGAAAUAAUGGUUUGUAAUGUUAUUUGUGUAAUAGUUAGUGGCUUUGAAUAUACAAUCAGUGUGACAACCAUUACUAUCUUUUGUUAUAAGUGGGGCAGCAGUAUGUCAUAACCAGAUAACAUUUGCUAUGUGCCAGAAUUUGUGCAGGUAAUUUAUAAAUAAAAAAAAACUGUCAUCAAUGAGGAAAUAUAUUUCAAUUUAUCUGUUGUUUCUGUGCAGUGGUACCAAAGGAGGAGGCUUGAGGUGGCCAAGUGUUCAUAUUUAAUGUUUUCUGUUUGUAAGUUAAACUUACAGAAGAGGUGUUAAUCCACACUUGUGCAGGGCUAGGAAGAAAUAGGUUUAAUUACCUCCAAUCUGAACUAAUGAGAUAAGUGCACAGCUUUGUUUUGUUUCCAAUAUUAUUAUAUUUAAGGAAAAAUUUUACUAGUCUGUAAAUGUCUUUUCACUUUAUGAGGGAACUGGUGAGAUAGUUCAGGACUACCUCUGUCAGUAAAUCAUUGGUGUAUGCUAAAUUUCAGUUCAUACUCAAUACUGUAAUGUAUUUGUCAUUCAUUGUUUCAGUCUUGUGACUUUCUUUUAACUAAAUUUUUAAAAUUUUAACUGGAAGAUGGACUUAUGAAGCUGCAUUUUCGAAUUUACAGGUGCUGUGUUGCAAUGUAAUUAUUGUUUUUAUGGGCACAGUAAUAAGUAUAAUUUUGUUAUGAAAGAUGGUUUCAACAUAAUGUGUAUUUAUCAGCAGUUUUGCUAAUAGAAAUGACAUUGUUGUUUAGUACAUAUCAAUGUUGCCUCUAUGGAACAAUUUGGGAUUCCAGUAACAAAAAGAUCUGAAAGGAACAGGCGAGGGAGGAGGCAUGUCUUAGUGAGGCAGUAGAAUUUUUUAAAAAAAUGGUGUACUAUUUUUCUCAAAUUAAUUGCCUAUUGCCAUUCUUCGAAUAGUAACAGAUAUGCCACAAGUGUAUGGUGUUGCUGGUGCAUCAGUUUAUUUAAAUAUGAGAAAUGUAUGUCUUUAUAAGGAGAUAUUUGUUCACAGGAUUGUGAAAUGAAACACUGAGAAACAGGUUGCAUAUUAUGUUCCAGUACUAUUUUGCUUCAUGAAACAGGAGCAGUAAUGAAAAGCAAAUGCAUGUGGUAAGCAACUGGUCUAUUACUCAGCCUGCAUUGGCUUAAACUGUCUUUUCAGGAGUAAUUGCAGAGUUGAACUCCAGUUCUGACAGUCAGGCUAAAAAAAAAAAAAAAAAAAAAAAAAAAAAAAAAAAAAAGCAGUAGGACAUAGUGCACUGUCCAUGUCACUGUAAUUUUUAUGUUAAUGGCAAAGUAAAAGUUAAAUCAUCAGAGAUACAUUUUAGUGUAAAGCAGUGGCCUUUAGUUUGGAGGAAAUUGUUCGAAAGUAUAAUAGAUGCAUACUUGUUAAUAUUGAGAAGAACAUUAAUUUGUUGCUACUGCUGCAUAAACACACUGCAAGUUGCUUGUUUUGCAUUAGUUAUCUUGUUGAUGCAUUCAUUCUGCACAACAUACUGCUAUCAGCUUGAAUAACUCAUAAAAAAGACAGUGCACUUAUACAAUAACCAUUAAGAUUUGUUGUUGCUCUCAUUUCUAUUAUUAAUAAAUUGAAUUAUACUCACAGUUUUCUACAUUGUAGUGUGUAUACAUAAUAAAACUAUAGUGCCCCCUCCAGAAAUUAAUGCACUAGCCCUGCAGCAUACUGUAGUCAUUAUUGUAAAAAUUUGAUUUUUGGACAAAUUAAAUAUGCAUUUUCUCAUAUUAGUUUUGAUACAUGGAAUAAAUACAGCAUGUAUCACAAUAAAACACACUGACUUUUGAAAAGACAAAAUGGAAAACUUUCAUAGUGCAGCUUUUGCAACAGUCUUUCUUUUGUGCAGUCCUUCUACAUAUACUUAUUCAAGAAAAAUAAAAAGUAUCCUGUUAUGGAAAUAUAAAGAUAUUUCAGAAAUUGUUUCAUUAUUUGUUCAUUUGGAUACUUUUUUCAGUGCCUUUUGCGUUGUGAUAACUCGCCAAUAACUUACUAAUCGUGCCUGUUUAUUACUGUCAUAUGUUUAAACUCUGAUUAAGCACACAUUCCUUAGUAAUAAGUGAAAGCACACAACCUGUAUUUUGUAAUCAGUGAAUUAUCUGGUAUACUUGAAACUGAGUGACAAUGACUGAGUUAAAUGAUGUAUAACUAUGGUGUUGGAAUGCAGAGCAAUAGAUAAUGUAAUUCUUUAAACAAUGAAAGAUUAAUUAACUGAAUGCCACUUUUGUAAUGGUUAGAUUUUUUUCAGUAAACAUCACUCGGUUAGUUUAAUAAUGCCGACAAUAACACUCAAAUCCUGUAAUUCAGACCACAAACAUUGUGAAACAGAGGUGGUAUCUACCAACUGUAAAGCAGAAUUUGUUAUGUAUGUGAUGUUUUGGGAGUGAUAAUACCAUAUAAUAUCUUCCAUUCAGAUGGAGGCUGUGCUGCUUUUGCAGUUUCUCUUCAGAAAUCACAAGGGCUUGCUGCAAACAGUAUUAUUUUUUUAAGAUUAUAAUUUAUUGAGUUUCUGUAGUUGCAAGCUGAUUGUGUACUUUAAUUUUUAAAAUAUAAAAUUUGUGUGUUUACCUUGUUUGUAAUAAAUUUUAUACAUUUUGCUUA